UUUAAGUACAUCGUAGAUAAAAUAUAUAUAUAUAUAUAUAUAUAUAUAUUAUACGUGUGUUAAACCUUUUCAUAGAGAUCUAAAUAACGACGUUGACAAAUUACAUAGUAUAUCACGUUAAGCGAUAUCUCGAUCUAAUCAAAUAUCGAUAAUUCGAGAGACCGCACGAAAACUGUACACGCUGAAAAGAAAUAAUAUUCGCGGGAGAACGAAACUCUUAGAAAAUUAAGAGCCGUACAAUCGCGAGAAACGCGCGAACGAGCGAAACGUUAGAAACGAAGAAAAGUUACUUAAACAGGGUGAGAGAAGAAUAAGGAGAUACUUCAAUACUUGUACCGUGAGACUCGAGCGGUCGUAUGCGUUACAUGUGGUAACGAGUCGAAUACCUGAAACAAUCUUAAUCGAUCAGCUGAUCGGAAUAAACUGCCACGAAACCAUUUGCCAAUUACGUUAACGGAAAAAGAAAGAGAGGAAGCCUCAAACGGGACUCUCUGUUUCUCGUCAAUGCGCGCAAGUACUCGCGCGAGUCCACGGUGCUCAAUUAGGCAUAUAAGUACAAAGACACGCGGGCGUGCAAAUUAUUUUUCUCGACCGAGGUGUGCAUCCCUAUACGUUAGUAAAUAAGUGUAUCGAGUCUGUCCAAAAAGAAGAAAAAAAAAAAAAUCCCCUGAGUGAGGAAAUCAACUCAGACGAUCCUCAAUCUACCUCAACGACUAUCGGGCUCAGCUCCACUUCCUUCGAACGUAUCCCUCGAUAAGGAACCCUUGAGAAACAAUCACGUAUUGCGAAUCUCUAAGUCUAACUGAAAGUCCUAGAACUUACAAUCUUCCAUCGACCUUCGACUAUUAUUACUUCGCAUUCUUGGAGCAAGAGAUACCCUUUCACGUUCCAUCGCACAAAUUACUGAAGUAGAGUUUCUCUCGAUCGAACUCGAAACACUUUUGAGACAGGUGUUUCAUUCCGUUCGUUAUUAUACUAAUGCGAGUAUUUUGGCGCUACUAAACAUGAGGAACGCCAAAUGAAUAUGUAAGAUGUUCGAUGUAAGCAGAUCCACAGCCCUUGUGUGUUUUGAGUCGCGCGAAAUUACGACUGUUGUUCGCACAAUCCUCGAGCUUCUCGGGCGAUAGAUAAAACUCGAUAGCAAUCGUAAUACCGAGUACCUGUCUUUGGAAUCGAUUGAAUGCGGACGAUUAAAGUUUCAAGCCGGCGCACGUUGUAUCACGUGCGUGAUCACGCAUUGUGCAAUUCGCAAAAUCAAGAAAGUGAUAUGCUUCAUCUCACGUGGGUGUGCGGACGUGAUAAUGCUGGCGGCGAGAGAUGGGAUUAGAGCGUCAAGAGGAAGAGAAAGAGAGAAGAAACAGCUGCACCGCGGGACGGAGAGAAGAAAUCGCAUCAAGAAAGACGCACAGCCAUGUCAUGGGAGUCUAUCUCGUCCAGGGAUUACCUCGGCGGAUCGGCGAGUCAUCAACUCUCGGCGACCGCACUGCUGGGUAGCCCUGAUGGGUCGAGACAUCCACUCGAUGUCUGCGAAUUCACCGAAGAGGAUUAUCGACAUCAAAAUGGCAACGGUAAUAAUGGUCAUUACCAAAAUAGAUCGGGUAUAUGGGGUUGUUUCAUAAGCUGCAGAAAACGGUUCGAUCAACAAUUAGCACGAAGAAGGGUGGAGCAAGGCUUAAAAUUGUACAGAGCUCAUAAACAACAAGCCGCGGUUAGAAAAUGGAGGGUCGCCUUGAAGAGUAUCAGACAUCGCGAGGAUAAAUUCGCUCUUCUCGGUUACUUGUAUCAGGCGUACAUGGAUUGGGGCAAAUACAAUGAUAGCAUCGAAUUCGGUAACAUGCAAUUAUGCAUUUCGGAGGAAUUGGAUUCGCCGAACAUGCGGGCAGAAGCGUAUUUAAACUUGGCCAGAGCUCACGAGAGAUUAGGCGCCCUGGAUAGAGCGUUAGAUUACGCUCGGCACAGCUUGUAUAACGAGUGCGAUCAGUGCGCGACUGCUGGAUUAGUUCACUUAACCGUAGGCAGAGUCCACUUAGAGCUAGCAGGAUUCUGUAAAGCCUUGGAAGCAUUUCAAAGAGCCCACAAAAUCGCCCACUCCAUUCAAGAUCCCUCCUUAGAACUGCAGGUGUACGUUGGUCUGUCGGAACUUUUCUGCAGAUUACACGACGCGGAUAAGAGCGCAAGAUACGCGGCGAGAGCUUACGAUCUCUCCAGAAGUUUACAGCUCGGAGAUCUAAAUUCGCGUCAUCACAGGGCGGCGUUACUACAAAUGGCCGCGGCGCUCAGAAAGAAGGGCGAGCUUGGCGACGCUCUUGAUUACUGUUCGGAAGCAACACGGCUAUCGCUAGUUGCUGGUGACCAGGCCAGUUACGCUCGAAGCAUCCGAAUUCUGGGAGACAUUUAUAGAAAGAAAUCGGAUAUAAAUAAAGCAUUCCGACAGUACGAGAGCGCGAUGGGCUCAGCGGGUACGAGCGGUGAUCGAGUAUGCCAGAUGGAAGCGAUGGACGGCGCGGCGAGAUGCCUGGAAGCUCUUAGGCUUCAACACAAGAUAUGCAAUUGCAGACCCCUCGAGUUCAAUACUAGGCUCUUGGAAGUGGCGGGAUCGGUUGGCGCCAAGUUUCUGGUGCGAACAGUCAGAUUCAGAUUGUCGAGAAUUUAUGGGUCUUUGGGAGACGACGAACAGAAAGGACAUUAUGAGAGAUUGGCGGCUGCGAUGGAGGAAGAUUUAGAGUUACGAUGUGGGAGCUGCAAUGAAUCUUUCGGUCUGGAAGCUGAUUCUCUGGAAGCGUUACCUUGCUCUCACAUAUUACACGCUCGAUGCGCAUAUGACAUCUUAAAGAGACGUGACAAGAAGAAGAAACGUUUAUGUCCCGAUUGCCACAAGUCUGUCAGUUCACGGCUGUACCUGCAUUGCGAAGAUCCUCACGGCAUGAAUACUCUAAAUCAUAGUUCCUUGAGCCUGGCGUCAUUGAGGGCCAGCAGCCUAGCAACACUUGAGGACUGUCAUGCGACGAGUAGUGUUUAAAAAAAAAAAAAAACACGCGACAUAUUUCGGUUUAUUUUAACGCGUUGGUAUCCGCAUGCGAUUAGAUAACUUUAAGGAAUCAUAAUGUGGAAGAUGAGAAAGCCAAAGGAAAGUAGUAUGAUACAAAAAGAUUUAAUGGCAAUAAAAAGUGCACGCCUCGA